CCGCGUUUCUGUUCAGCACACAGGCGUGGUAAAAAAUGGCAGAUCAAAAUUCAGUGCCGAGUGAUCUUUACAAGCAUGUAUAUUCAUUUCUACUAGAGAACAAGUUUACCAAGGCUGCUCAACACUUCAUCAAACAAGCUAAAGUGCCACCCCAGAAUGAAAAACGAGAUGCCGGUCUGCUUGACAUAUUCGACUUCUGGGUGAAGUCUCCUGAAGCUAAGAAACGGAAGGCGCUGCCCAACGGUCCUGGAACAAGUGACAGGCCGUCUGCUAAGAAGGCGAAGACUGCGGAGAGCUCCAGUGAGGAGUCGAGCAGUGAGGAGGAGGAAGCUGCAGCACCUGCCAAGGCCACAUCCACAGCUACAGCGGCCGAGUCCAGCAGCAGCGACGAGUCCAACGACGAGGAGGCCGCAGCGAAGAAGCCUGCAGCAGCCAAAGCCCCAGUGAAGACCCCUGUCGCGGCAGCAGCCAAAGCCCCAGUGAAGACCCCUGUCGCGGCAGCAGCCAAAGCCCCAGUGAAGACCCCUGUCGCGGCAGCAGCCAAAGCCCCAGUGAAGACCCCUGUCGCGGCAGCAGCCAAAGCCCCAGUGAAGACCCCUGUCGUGGCAGCAGUCAGGAAAAAGGACUCCAGCUCGAGCAGUGAGUCAUCUGAAGAUGAGGCUCCAGCUAAAGCCCCUGUGGCCAAAGGAAAAGCUGCAGCCGCGACCCCUAAGGCAGCCGCGACCCCUAAGGCAGGGACGACCGCCAAAGCAGCAGCUCAGAAGAAGGCUGAGACCAGCAGCAGUGAGGACAGCUCCAGCGAAGAUGAAGCGCCCGCUAAGACCCCUCCGGUUAAGACCCCUGGUCCUGUCAAGACCCCUCCAGCUAAGACCCCUGGUCCUGUCAAGACCCCUCCAGCUAAGACCCCUGGUCCUGUCAAGACCCCUCCGGCUAAGACUCCUGCUAAGGCAGCCGAGUCUAGCAGCGAUGACUCUUCUUCAGAUGAAGAGGAGACUCCUCCCAGCAAGAAGGCCAAACCAGGUGAAUACAGUGCAGUUCCACCCCCUGGAGCUGCCGUAAAGAAGACCUUGGCUCCUACAGUGGCCAGCAAGGCCAAAAAGGACCGCUCCUCAGCCAGCAGGGAGGAGGAAGUGUCAGCAGUCCCUGUGAAGUCUACCCCAGCAAAGACUGUGACCCCUAAACCUGCUGCUGCUAAGAAGGCCGAGUCCAGCUCUGAGAGCUCAGACUCUAGCUCUGAAGAUGAAGAAGCAAAAAAGGCCCCGGCUAAGGCUGCCCCGGCUAAGGCUGCCCCGGCUAAGGCUGCCCCGGCUAAGGCUGCCCCGGCUAAGGCUGCCCCGGCUAAGGCUGCCCCGUCAGAAGAUUCUUCCUCGGACUCGAGCUCAGAGGAUGAAGAAGAGGUGACAGUGAAAGUGGCACCAGCUAAGGCGACUCCUACGGGGACCCCAGGCAAGGCUGCAGAAUCCUCCUCUGACUCAAGCUCAGAAGAUGAGAAAGAAGCUAAGAAGCCUGUUGCCAAGGCCCCUCCUGCCAAGGCCCCUCCUGCCAAGGCUCCUGCCAAGGCCCCUCCUGCCAAGGCCACUCCUGCCAAGGCCACUCCUGCUAAGAAAGCUGACUCGUCAAGCUCAGACUCUGACAGCAGCUCUGAGGACGAGGCCCCAGCCAAACCUGCAGCAGCUACCAAGAAACCUGCAGCAGCUACCAAGAAACCUGCAGCAGCUACCAAGAAACCUGCAGCAGCUACCAAGAAACCUGCAGCAGCUACCAAGAAACCUGCAGCGGCCCCCAAGGUCCCAGCCAAGGCUGCUGCAGAGAGCAGCUCGGACUCCGACUCUUCAUCUGAAGAUGAGGCUCCAGCUAAGAAGGCUACCCCGGCCCCUGUUACUAAACCAGCCUCCAAACCAGCCUCCAAACCAGUCUCCCCAGUUGUUAAACCAGCUGCUGCAGAAAGCAGCUCGGACUCCGACUCUUCUGAAGAUGAGGCUCCAGCGAAGAAGGCUACCCCGGCCCCUGUUACUAAACCAGCCUCCAAACCAGUCUCCCCAGUUGUUAAACCAGCUGCUGCAGAAAGCAGCUCGGACUCCGACUCUUCUGAAGAGGAGGCUCCAGCGAAGAAGGCUACCCCGGCCCCUGUUACUAAACCAGCCUCCAAACCAGCCUCCAAACCAGCCACCCCCGUGGUGAACAAACUAGCCCCAACCAAGGCCGUAGCCGAGAGCAGCUCCGAUUCUGACAGCUCGGACUCGGAGGACGAGGUCGCUGCAGCCAAAAAGACCACCAAACCUACAGCCGCAGCCAAGACUCCUGCUUCAGCCAAGACUCCUGCUUCAGCCAAGACUCCUGCUUCAGCCAAAGCUGCAGAGUCCAGCAGCAGUGACGACAGCUCUAGUGAUGAGGAAGAGGCUGCAACAGCCUCGACUAAGAAGGCAGCUACCCCAGCCUCGACUAAGAAGGCAGCUACCCCAGCCUCGACUAAGAAGGCAGCUACACCUAAAGCCUCCUCUACCCCUGCUGCCAAGGCAACAACACCGGCUAAGGCUGCCGAGCCGUCGUCGUCCCAGGACAGUAGCUCUGAGGAAGAGGAGGUGAAGGCACCGGCAGCAGUCACCACUCCCAUCACUAACGGCAAGAGAAAGAGGGAUGGAGAAGACUCGUCUUCUGAGAGCGAGGAGGAGGAGGAAGUAAUGACGCCUAAAAACCAGAAAGUAUUACCAGCACCACAGACUUACCCCAAAGUCUCCAAGAAGAUCAAUGUACCUUUCCGUAGAAUAGUAGAGGAGGAAAUUGAAGUGGACAACCGUCUGGCAGACAACUCCUUCGAUGCCAAGCGCGGGUCGGAUGGAGACUGGGGCCAGAGGGCCAAUGACGUGCUCCGCUUCACCAAGGGGAAGUCCUUCCGUCACGAGAAGACCAAGAAGAAGAGGGGAAGCUACCGCGGAGGAGCCAUCUCCCAAUCCGUCAACUCCAUUAGGUUCGACAGCGACUGAGAACCUAGUCAUCGUCAUCAUCACCCCUCUUCAUCCUGUCGCUUGACCCUCCUCCCUCCAACCUGAUUGAGCCGAAACAUUAACUGAACUACCUACAGCUGUGUUGACAAGACGGUCACAUUGACAGCUGGCUUCCCUAGUGAUUUUAGUUCAUAAGUCUUGUGUUAAACCUUUUCUAAAAGGCUUUUUUUAUGGGGUAGAAGACGACACAAGUGGUCCUGAAAUGGCACCCUAUUUGCUUUGUAGUGCUGUUGAUCUGAUCUAGAGCAGUGCACUACAUAGUAGGUAGUAGUGUGCUAUUUAGGAUGCUGUCUCAUGGGUCAAGGCUGCAGGGGGAGUGGUCUGUCUCUGCUUUAAAUGUGGUACAGUUAUUACUAAAGGGUUAAUGUCCUUAGGCUGCAUUUACAAGAUAUAGCCACCGGGUGGCGGUAGUGAGCCACCAAUUCUGUUAAAUAUCCAUUUAAAAGUGUAAACUGUUCUCAAUUUUUUUUGUUGCUUUUUCUCUCAGCCAUUAAUCUGUUCCUUGUUGUAGUAUUGUCAGCGCGGUAUCAUCCCCCUUCUGUCCAGUGUCUCCUCAGUAUCAACAUUUUGAAAUGCUCUGUUGCUUGUUGUAGUAUUGUCAGCGCGGUAUCAUCCCCCUUCUGUCCAGUGUCUCCUCAGUAUCAACAUUUUGAAAUGCUCUGUUCCUUGUUGUUUUAUCGCGGUUUGGAGGAGGGUUACUUGAUUUUUAAUGCAGACCAGGCCUUUUGAAUGUUGCCGUCCCCUACCAGAUCUCACAACACCUGGAUAAGUAUUCAACCAACGGUCUGGAACGUCCUUUAACAUCCCCUGCAGUCUCACGGAGACCCAUCGCGGUUUAGAUAUCAAAGUUUUAUGUACAUAUUUAACUCGUUGUAAGCCGAGGAUCAUCCAACUGUUGUUUACGAGCUCUAUAGUGUUUGAAGUAACUCCCUGGGUCAUGUUCGGUAUACAAAACGUUUGGAAACAGGAAAACACAGGAUCUGGGUGUAUCUGAAAUGGCACCCUAAAGUAGUGCACUAUAUAGGGAAUAGGGCUCCAUAGGGCUCUGGUCUAAAGUAGUGCACUAUAUAGGGAAUAGGGCUCCAUAGGGCUCUGGUCUAAAGUAGUGCACUAUAUAGGGAAUAGGGUGCCAUUUCAGAUGUCAGCAUGGGGUUAAUUCCUGCUGAUGUGAGACUGCCACCUGUCGGUCUGGUAGGUGGUUCAUCAUUGGCUGCUGAGGUACUUCUCUUGGCCCAGCAGCUUUGACUGACAGCCGGAACAGCUAACCUCGAGGUUAUGAUUUUGUGAAUUUAAAUUUCCUGUUUCUACUCAAAUGUAACCCCUUUCUUAUUGAGUCUUGUUUAUUAUUGGAAUAAAAUACGUUUGUGUCCCAAUUUCCUUCCUCCCUGCACAUUUAAAAGCAGUAUAGCGGUCAUUUCCUUUUGACUUGUGAAGUCGAUGAGAUCGAGCAUCUCUUUGGAGCUCAAUGAAAUGAAAUAAAAGAAGCUUGUUUAAAAAUACAACCAACAUGUAAAUAA